AUGACACUCGCAAGCAACUGGACCCGCCUCGCCCGCUUCGUGGGACGCAACGGGGCAAUCCGCCUCGGACAGCCAGUUGAUCCUAAGGUUGAUGUCGGUCUCGCUGUCGCCGCUGGGGAGCCUGUGGAAGUGUUCGUCGUGGAGGGCGAUAUCUACACCGGGAUGGUGACUGCUGAACGCGAUGUCAUUCAGCAGCUUCUGUCCCCCAUCUCGCGGGACGAGUGCAACCUCAUCCGUUGCCUUGGCCUCAAUUUCAAGAAACACGCCGAGGAGGCCAAGAUGCCGUUCCCGAAUGAGCCGGUCAUGUUUGUCAAGCCUCGCACGGCUCUGGCUGGGCCUGGAGAGCUCGUUGUGUCUAGGGCAGCGCAGGAUGACCAGCUCGACUUUGAGACCGAGCUCGCCCUGGUCAUUGGGCGCGAUGCCCGCGACGUCUCAGAGGCCGAUGCGAUGGACUAUGUACUUGGGGCGACUUGCGCCAACGACGUAUCUGUGCGCAAGCACCAGCUUGCCAACUCGCAGUGGUGCUUUGGUAAGGGUUUCGACGGCAGUUGCCCACUCGGACCUGUCCUGGUGCGUGCAAGUGCCCUUGACCCCGAUGCGCUCGAAUUCCGCGGCGAGCUCUCUGGCGAGACCGUGCAAGCUUCCAACACCAACGACAUGAUCUUCAGCUGCGCGCGUGCAGUCGCGCACCUCAGCCAGGGGACCACGCUCGAACGCGGCUCUGUCAUCCUCAUGGGCACGCCAAGCGGGAUCGGAUGGGCACGCGAGCCCCGGCGCAUCAUCCGCGAUGGCGAGGAGAUGCGCAUCUGGUUUGAGGAUGUUGGAACCCUUGUCAACACUUUCAAGUAUGAGUAG